AUGGCACGUUUAAAUCCUUUACGAAAUCCAAGAUUUUUAGUAUUAUGCGGGGUAUUUUCAGUGAUAUUAUUUCUUUUCGUAAUUUUACCGGAAUUUCAAAAUCAUAUCCCGCUACCAAUAACGAUAGAUGAUGUGGAACCAAUUCAGUUAACUCCGGAGAUAUUGAUAGAUCCAACCUUUGGAUAUCAUAAUUAUAGUGAAUUUGUUCAAGGUCAUUUACCAGUCAUUAUAUCAAUACCACAUGGGGGUCAUUUAUUUCCCGACGAAAUACCGGAUCGGAAACAAAAUUUUCCAAGCGUGGUAAAAUCAAAUGACCUUAACACUCAAGAAAUCGGAAGGGCGAUAUCAAAUUUAAUCAUGAAAAAAUUUAAGGGAAGGAAACCUUACAUGAUUGUAAAUCAUUUAGGUAGAAGUAAACUUGAUGUAAAUCGACCAUUGAAAGAGGGUGCUGAAGGAAUUGUGAUUGAACGUUCUCUUUCUGAAACUCAAAUUGCUUGGAAUGAUUAUCAUACGUUCAUGAACGAUGCGGUUGAAGAAGUUGAAGAAAGGUUUGGUCGUGGACUUUUAAUUGACAUUCACGGGCAUGGGCAUUCCGAAAAUUAUAUUGAAUUAGGUUACGUUUUAUCCGCGGAGAAAUUAUCACUUCCAACUGACACGUUAAAUUCGGAUCCAACGAUUCCAACCAGCUCAAGCAUAAGAGCCCUUUAUAAUCGAAAGCAAUCACAUUUAAGUUUUGCCGAGUUAUUACGCGGAAAAACCACCUCACUUGGCGGUAGAUUACAAUCCUAUGGUUAUGAAACCGUUCCAUCCCAUGUUCAUAAGCAUCCGUUGAAGACUGAAAAAUAUUUUCAUGGUGGUUAUAGUGUACAAAAAUACGGCUCAAGGCAUGGUGAACAAGUUGUAGAUGCUAUACAAAUUGAAUUACCGAGAUUACUGAGACUUGGAAAUGAAGAACAAAAAGAACAAUUUCUUUUAGAUAUUUCUGAAAGUAUCUCUUGGUUUGUAAAAGAAUAUUAUUGGAACGGGGGACAAGGUUCAAAACGCUUAACAAUGGAUAUUGAGAAACCAUAA